UAUCAGUUAGGGAAAAAGCAAAAUAAUCAUAUUCACAUGAGACUUGUUCAUACUGUUCUUUCUCUGACAGGUGAACUAACUAGGACCCCACUAUUAUUAGAUGCUCCAAAACUUGAAAUCUUUUUAACUUCAUUGAAUGAUUUUGAUUUGAGAGCUCUUCAUGAUUAUCUUUGGACAAAAGAGUAUUUGCUGGUGGCCCUUCUUGCUGGUUGCUUCAAGAAAAUGAGCCCUUCCUGCAACAAAGUUUUAAGUUAAAGCUGGGAGGCUGGAAGUCUCGACUUAACGGCGAUCAAGAAUUCAGCACUAAAUGGGAAACUCUAAAGCUAUUGCAUUCUAUGUCACAAUAAGUGUGGUUUCUUUUGUUAUCUCGAAGAUCAUUAUGACAAUUCUAUGUUACCGUAGAUGGAAGAGAAAGCAAAUGGUUGUUCAAGACAGCUUAUCUGGUGGAAAGCUAGUGAUGUUUAAGUCACCGAAAAUGAACACGUUGAAGUCCAACGUGUUCUUGAAGAGGACCAUGAAGCUGACCAACAAAGAUAUUAUAGGAUCAGGAGGCUAUGGAACUGUUUAUAAACUGACAAUGAACGAAUCAAUUUCUUUCGCGAUUAAGAGGUUAAGCAGAAUAAGCGCGGAACAAGAUCGAGGUUUUGAAAGAGAGUUGGAGGCAAUGGGGGACAUAAAGCAUCGGAAUAUAGUGACACUUCAUGGAUACUACAGUACAACUCAGUAUAACCUUCUCAUUUACGAGCUUAUGACUAAUGGAAGUUUGGAUGAAGUACUUCAUGGAAAAUCUGCUGCCAGGAAGACUUUGGAUUGGCCUUCAAGAUACAAAAUAGCACUAGGAGCUGCAAGAGGAUUAUCAUAUCUGCAUCAUGAUUGCAUCCCUCACAUUAUCCACAGAGAUAUUAAGUCGAGCAAUAUCUUGUUGGAUCAUAACAUGGAGGCUCGAGUAUCUGAUUUUGGACUAGCCACUCUGAUGGAACCAGAUAAGACGCACGUUUCAACUCUGGUGGCUGGAACUUUUGGAUAUUUGGCUCCUGAAUAUUUUGACACUGGAAAAGCAACAGUAAAAGGAGAUGUUUACAGCUUCGGAGUUGUCUUACUGGAGCUUCUAACUGGGAGAAAGCCAACAGAUGAAGCAUUUUUGGAGGAAGGAACCAAGCUUGUAACUUGGGUGAAGACAGUUGUUCAAGAGAAAAGGGAAGAGUAUGUACUUGACAAAAACUUAGAAGAGUUUCCCAUAGAUGAAAUUAACCAUGUAUUCAACAUUGCAUUGAUGUGCCUUGAGUCAGAUCCAUGUAAAAGACCGACCAUGGCUGAAGUUGUUACAAUGCUUGAGCAAAUAAAGAUAAAUGCUUUGGCAUGAGAUUCUUGGUUUUCUGUUUCAAUGCUAAUUUCUCUGAAAUAAUAUAAUUUUUUUUUUUUUAA